CGCCGCCGCUACCGCUACCGCAACUAAGCUCGCUCCACAUUCAAAUCUCAACGACUAGCGCGCGCUGCGCUCCUUCUCCACGCUGCACGAGAGCGCGCACGCAACGUGCGCCAGGCCCAAGCCAGCGGGAGAGGAUUGCCGAGCCACGGCCUGAGCGGUGAGAUGGCGGGCAGUGUGUAACGCGGGGUACGCAGCGCACUCUCACUCCGUUACACGGCUGGAGGAGAACCUUUAACGCUAUGAGAGGGGAGGGGGAGGGAGUUACCGCACGUUGUGCGUUGAUAGAAAGCGGGGAGCGGGUUGCUAGGCGGUAUUUACUGACUAGGGCUGUGUGCGCUGGGCAUUAUGGGAUAUGUAGUGCAGGGUAGCUGGUGUGCUCACGGUCCGAGGUGGGGGUUGCAUUGCAUAAUACUGUGUGUGUGUGUGUGUGUGUGUGUGUGUGUGUGUGUGUGUGUGUCAGUCUCUGUCCUACAUACCCCGUGAUUGCAGUCACUAUUAAUAUCAGAAGGAAUGAGACACUGGUUAUCCUCAGUAUUGAUGAUUGGAGAAUGAGCAUUUAAUUAAAGGACUACUGUGUUGUGAUUAGGAUUGAUGUAUCAGUAAGUCAGUAUUAUAAGGUUCAGGCCUCGCUGCUUUGUGGUGACGGUAGAAGUGUAUCAAUAAAGGAAUAAAUUAUGUUAGCGAAUGUCCAAAAAUUAACACUACAGAAAAAAAAGAGCAACAAUAAAUUUCAAUGUUCUGUUUGCUAUUUUGUAUCCGUCUUCUAUGAGUCUAAAACAAGUUAUAAGCAUGCGUGUAAUAUGCAUAAGGCUAUCCUAACUAUAAGAUAAGGCCAGGAACUAAUGAAAGUAUUUUUAAAAGUAUUUAAAACAUUGGGCAGACUAGAUGGGCUGAAUGGUUCUUUAGUGCCUUCACAUUCUAUGUUUUGUUCCUAAAAAGGCAAACAUUGCUGUUUGUGCUUGACUGGAUCCAUUACUACAUAAUACACUGCAUAAUUCAGCUGUCUGCUGUUAAAGGGACACUAUACUGUAGUCACCAGAAGAACUAUAGCUUGUUGCAUUUGUUCUGGUGAGUAGAAUCAUUCCAGGCUUUUUGCAGUAAACACUGUCUUUUCAGAGAAAAUGCAGUGUUUACAUUACAGCUUAGUGAUAAAUCAGUUGGCUACUCCUCAGAUGGCUGCUACAUGUGCUUCCUGGGGCACUGUUGCACAAUGAGCAGUACAGCCAUUCAGUGUCUCCACCCUUUGCAUGCAGACACUGAACUUUCCUAAUAUAGAUGCAUAGAUUCAAUUCAUCUCCAUGAAGAGAUGCUGAUUGGCCAAGGCUAUGCUUGACUUGUGCUGGCUCUGCCUGUGAUCUGCCUCUUUGACAGUAUCAGCCAAUCCUAUGUGAAAGCAUUGUGAUUGACUCAGACCACCACUUCUGAUGAUGUCAGCAGUCAGGUCAGAGGCAGCAGCUGCAGUCUUAAAUACAAGUAAGAUUGUAUUAAACUUAGGGAGGCAAGAGUGUGGUGGUGGGGAGAGGCCUAGAUGGUGGUUUUAACACUAUAUGGUCAGGAAUAUACCUUAUAGUGUUCAUUUGAAGAAUGAGGAAAACCUAUUUUAAUGUUAUGUUUGGGUGAAUGAGCUACUGAACAAGGUACUGUUAGUCCAUGCAUACAUGCCCAUGAUGUCAAAAAUUACAGGGAAGUAAAAGCCCUGUAGCAUAUUGCCACUGGAGUCAGCAUAAUGAAAUAGAGUUGUUAUUCUGCCAAUCCUUUCACAGCAAGGGCGGAAUACAGAAAUGUCUAUAGACUGGUGUUUCACCAGUAUAACAUCCACAGAGCUGUGGUGCUAGAGCAAUAACUCAAAAUUUUCUGUUAAAUUAAACUUAAUUUUUAUUUAUGUGAACAAGUAUAUGUUCAUAACCUUUGGGAUUCAGUCAAAGGGGCCUGUAUCACUUGACAUCAAUUUUUUUUUUUUAAACCAGCAAACAAACCAAAAUAAAGCAAGAGAAACUUUGCAAAGUAUGUAAUAAAUGUUUAAAAUAUACUAUAAUCUUUGUCAGAUUGCAUUAUUGGAGAUGCCUCUCAGCUGGGGAAGUUUCUUAAGCUACCUUCCCUUACCAAUCCAUCUCAAUUUCAGACCAAUCCAUUAAUGAUAGAAACAGAGCAUCAUUAUGCAGCAACAGGAGAGAGAAACCCAACACUUGAGCCUGCAGAUGUCUACAUCUGCCCAUCAUGCCUACGCACGUUUUCAGCAUUUUUAGGGAUAGGACACUGAUUGGUUAGAUCAGUUUCCCAGAUAUAGUGGAUGUGGAAAGCAUACGAAAGAAGUAGGUAAAUGUGAAAAAAAAUCAAAUUUACCUGCUUUUUUUAAGCCUGUAGAGUGAGGAAACUGUCUCAUUCACAGCUAAUGCUUUUUAAGUGAACCUGUCAUUGCUUUAAAUAUUAUUAAGCAACUACUUCCUACCUUAUGCCGCAGAACUAUCUCAUUUAGAACGCCAUGCUGGUUUCAUUGUAUCAGAGUUAUUUAGUUAAUCUGUUCCUAUAUUCCAAAUCAAGUGCAAUGAAAUCAUAGUAGAUACAGAUCACACAGAGCGUGAAAUUUAGUUGUUUUGUGGGAGAACCAUGUAGACAUGUCCUUUUGUCUCAAAACUCAGUUCAGUGCAUGAAGGACUCUGGCGCGAAUGGUUUAGCAAAUGAGGUGAAGGACCAUAAUGGUAAAUUGUUAAAAAUGUAUAGUUUUGUCAACAUUUUUCCUCGCACAAUGCUAGGACUUUUGUUUCUUUCUUAGAGCGUACCUUAACAUACUCAUGACAGUUACACUUUUAUUUGAAGUGUUUGCUUAGAUAUAGAGCACAGCUGGAAUCUAUGAGACAAUGGAAGAAGAAAAAAAUAAGAUACAGUAAAAUUCAGAGUUAAUUUUAUUAUUAUAAAUAAUUCCCAUAAACACAAAUGGUUCUUGCAAUUAACAUGAUACACGUACUAGUGGUGACCAAAAGGUAGAUCCCCAGAUGUUGCAGAAAUACACUCCCAUGAUGCUUUACAUUCUAUUAGAAUGCCUUUAGAUUGACAAGCAUUAUGGAAGCUGUAGUUUUAAAACAUCUGGGGAUCUACCUUUUGGGCACCCCUGUUUUAGACUGUUAUAUGAGAAUAUAGGUAUAUUACAAUGUUUAUACCUAUUAACUUUCCAUCUGGUGGUCCAGGAUUCACGUAUACAUGUCAAAUCAAUUCUUCCAUAUCUUUAAUCGUAUAAAAUCACAAAAAGAACACAACAUAGUAUAAAACCAACAACACCAAUAAAAUAGGAACGAUAAUUGCACUCAAAAACGUGGUACCAUGAAAAGAGGUCAGUAGGGCAUAACACAGGGAAGUAAAAGCCCUGUAGAAUAUCGCAGGUAUGUCUCUGGAAACGGUUUCAGACGUACCUGCAAUAUGCUAUAGGGCGUAUACUAUGUUGCAUUCUUUUUAUGAUUUUAAGUGAUUUAAAGAUAUGGGAGAAUUGAUUUGACAUGUAUACGUGAAUCAUGGACCACCAGAUGGAAAGUUAAUAGGUAUAAACAUUGUAAUAUACCUAUUUUCUCAUUUCACCUUGACUGCACCACACCAUUUCUUUCUUUGUUUUUAUAUAUAUCAGGGUUUUCGGAGUUUACCGGGGUAUUGGUGUUCAGGGUGAACACUAUUAUUGUUUAUAUCUUUUAGACGGUUAUAUGUCUGUAGGAAAAAUAGCUAGUUUGUAUCUCAGUGGCAAAUAACAGGCUAGGGUGUCUUUGUGCAAAACAUUUGUGUGCGCAUUAUAUAUUAGCCAGUUAAGGACCAAAUUUAGUCUUUUUUACCAUCAUCACAGUCUGGUCACUAAAUAACCUGGAGCAGUAUGAAAUGCCCUAUCUAUUCAAGCGUCACUGACACCCCUUUUCAAAUUGAAUGUAGACCACUUGCCAAGUGUAACCAACCCCUCUGUCUCAAAUACCACGUAUGAACAGCAGCCAUGAUUCCCACAUAUUGGGUGAGAUCUAAGCCAGGAUAACAGUAUUCUAAACACAUUUCUGCAGCAAAAGGAUGAUGAAGCUAAUUUUCAUUUGAAUAGCUUCGUCAAUAAGUAAAGCUGUUGUAUCUGUGGUACAGAAAAUCCACUGACUCAGUAAUUUUCCUACGUCUGACACACUGGUACCGCUGUCUGGAAGUGUCACUGGGAAUUGGCCCCGUCUAUGGAGCAUCCUGCGGAUCCUACAUAGACUUUCAUGUUGUUUUCUUGCGUGAGAGUAUAACAGUGAUGUCGACUCCUGGCUCUGAAGCACCAAGAGCAGAAGAGGACCAUCUGAAUGAUGCAGGGGGCAGGUUCACGAAAGUUAAAGUCACCUUUGCCUGCCACCACUGUGUGACAAAGUCUCCUUCUGGGAUGUUGGCUUAUUUUGCAAAGACCCUCGAUGAUGACAGUGCUCCUGAUAUUUCAUCCACCAGAAGCCCCCAUCAAAAUGUUGUAUUCUCGCACAUGAGCAACAGUGCAACACUGCUGUUUUUAGAGGAUCCCACAAGAGUCUCCAUAGAAAUUCUCACGACGACUGUGGAAAAUUGUAAAAUGUGACAGCAGCAGCUAUUUGUCAAGGUAGUAGUUGUUACUACUUUGUCUUUGACUUUAUUGGAAUUACAAUGACAUUCCAAUACAGUCUUUAUACAUAAAGAUUUUAUCUUUUUGAAAUGCUCAAAAUAUUUGGAGCUGCUUAACCCCUUAAGGACCAAACUUCUGGAAUAAAAGGGAAUCAUGACUUGUCACACAUGUCGUGUGUCCUUAAGGGGUUAAAAGUAACACAUCUUGUAUAGACCAAAAUUGGUCUUUAAUUAAGGGUUUCCAUUUAUGACUAUACUGUCCCUGUGCAAAAGGAUGAGUUGCCCUUUCUCCUGUAUACCAGUUCAUCCACUCACCUGCUUUAUGACAAAUUGGAAAACAGUCUGAGAGUCAGACAUAUUUAGGAGCUAAAUUGAUCUUCAGACAAGCCAGUCUAGGAAUUUUGGUAUCAAUUUAAUAUUGUUGGAUAUACUUUUUUAUAAGCUUUUUGAGAUUCAGAUUUUUGGAUGAACUUUCAAAAUUAAGAAAAACAUUAAAAUUUUUUAAUUGUUUUAUAGUUUUUUGAUAUAAUUUUUAUAUUUAAAAUAUUUUUGCACACAAAAAAAAACAUUUUAAAAGUUUAUCCAAAAAUAUUACACCGUUUAAAAAGCUUAUCCCAAAAUAUUAAAAUUGUUUGAAUUCUGUAAAAUAAAAUUAGACAGAAUAUUUCAAAUGUUAAGAGUGAAUGUUUGUGCCUUGUAUACCUCUGUAAAAUCAGUGUAUUAUUUUGUAAAUAUUAUAGUUUCUCUUUUUUUUAUUUUAUAAAUUAGGUUUUGAAGUUUUGCGGCCCUUGGGCCGUUCCCUUCAGAAGUGAUCAUAAUGUCACACAGAGGAGGUGAUCGAGACUUGCAGUCUUCAGCUCGCAGGAUGGGUACCUCCCUGCUGUUCCAGCUGUCUGUGCAUGAACGAGAGCUGGAUCUAGUAUUCCUGGAUCACAGCUAUGCUAAGCCUUGGAGUGCUCACCCAGAUGCUAGCAAUGCCCGUCCAACACGCACCCUCUUUAUCACACCUCGGAGGCAGCAGGAAAGUACAUUGUAAGUCCAAUGCUUCCUUAAUCUUCUAUAUCAAAACAGCAGAAUGUAGUACUGUUGAAUCUCUGUAUUGCUUCUCUAUCCCACAAAUAUAAAAACACAGAUAACUUGGUAAACUCAUAUGUGGUAAAGUUUAAAGUUUCCUCUCUGACUGCCUAGCUGAUUCCUCAUAGACUGGUCAUGAAAGGUGGUUUACUUGCUGUUAUUAAAUGCAGCAAGUAAAUGUGAUUCCUAUGUACCUUUCCCAUAAGUCCUGCAUAGCAAUAUUCAGAGUAUAAAUGACAAUUAAAUGCUAGUUUAAACGUCAUCAUUGCACCGUUUGCAUUUUAUCUUUUUUUUUUUAUGGAAUUAUGAUAGAGCUGUUAAUGUAUAUGAUGGAAACUUGUCCAUAUUUUUUAUAAGGUCAUAUUAAAGGGACACUGUAGGCACCCAGACCACUUCAGCUAACUUAAGUAGUCUGGGUGCUGUGACCCUUUUACAUUGCAGCUCUAAGUCUGCUCUCUGUGGCUGUCUACCAGACAGCCACUAGAGGGCUUCUGGAAUCCAAACAGACUUCUAGUCUGUUAUCUGAUGCUGGACUUCCCCACGCUCUGCAUGAAGACCUCAAGCAACAGAUUUUCCCCAUAGGAAAGCAUUUUUCAUUGAAUAAUGCUUUCCUAUGGAGAGGUCUAAUGCACGUGCGGCCGUUGCCAUGUAUGCGCAUUAGGUCUCCCCGAUAUCGGCAGAGGAGUGUGGGCGGAGCUUGACCCAGAGGGUCAUCGGUGCUGGAUUCAUGUAAGGGGAGGGGAGGAACUAUAAACCCUAUAGGGCCAGGAAAACGGUUUUGUUUUUCUGGCACUAUAGGAUCCCUUUAACCCCUUAAGGACACAUGGCAUGUGUGACGUCAUGAUUCCCUUUUAUUCCAGAAGUUUGGUCCUUAAGGGGUUAAGCAACAUAAAACAACUUAGUGUAGUAGUUAUGUUGUGGCUUUUAUAUUUGUCUAAAAGUGUUUGCUUGAUGGCUUAAAAAAAUAAUUGUCAAGUGAUGCAUGUCCCUUUAAAGCCUUCAUUGAAAGUUGUCUGAUCCUGACAGUGGAUUUGAACACUACAUCAACAGGGGAGUCCUCCUCUCAAUAUUACCCUAAUGAUAAUUAAAGGGAAACCCCAGACCUCUAAAGCAUUUUAGCUUGCUGAAAUGCUUUGUGUAAAGAGUGCCCUCCUUUUUUUUUUUUGCAUCAGUACAUUUUUUUAUGGAAAUUUAUACUUUUACAAAUUUACCUGGUUCCACCCCCUGGCUUUGAAGCAGAGAACAGUCAAUGUUACUUCCAGGUUGGGUUGCCCAGAGCACUUGCAAAGACUUCUCAUUGAGCUGCAUUGUAAAGUCUGUGAUUGGAAAGCCACAGAAAGUCUGGGCAGGAUAAGAAGGGGAGGGAUUAAAAAAGCUUCAGACAAGAGAAAUACAGGUUUUGCAAGCUGUUUUUAGAUAUCCCCCUAUGAAAAAAUGCAUAUUUAAAUGCAUGCAAAUUUUAAUUUAGGGUACAUCUAUUAAACAGGGAUUUUUAUUUAUUUUGUAUUUGGCAAGUUGAAUGUCUAUUAAAAUUACUCCAAUCUUACCAACUGACCUAUUAAUGGAGUGAGAUAUGUUUGGACAUACAAAACUAUACUUUUUUUUUUUACUUUGAACUCCGACUUGAUUUUUUUUUUUUUAUUAAAGUAAUUUUUAUUCUCAUACAUGUGGCAAAAUACAUGGUACAGUUUGGAUAUUCUUAUGGUAUAAUGUCAUUGGUACAGUUAAGAACAUUCCAUGCAUUGGUGGUUACAACAUUACAGCAUUUAAACAUUGUUUGUCACAUUGUGUCUAUAUUACCAUAUGUAUAUAAGGCACUCAUGGCCUUCUGAUAUAGUUCUCACAUGCUGUGACGUUUUCUUAUAUCAACAUCUAACAAACUCAACAAUAGGGAUGGGGGGUUACUAAAGGAUAAAGAGGGGGUUUGGAACGGGUGGGAAGGCGAGCCGUGCCACGGGGGGGGAGGGGGUCUAUUAUUUCUUCCUUGUGUUACACUUUCCCCUCGUAUACUGCCAGUGUAAAUGGGGCAUUCUUUUCUAUAUCGUUUGUCGGCAGCUAAUUUUGAUGUUGGCAUAAAUUUGGCUUAUGCUAUCUAGAGCUGGUUUGAGAUAUUUACCGGGUGAUGUUCGGAGUGUUAUUCUGUGGUACUAUUGUCGGUAUCUUAUGUUAUUGUUGUUUUUUACCUUUGUACGAUAUGCUAGAUACAUUUUGCAUAAUACAUUGUGUUUUUUUGGGGGGGUUUUUUGACUUUAUUUAUUUUAAGAUGUACUGUUUUAUCUCUCUUAUUAUUUGACUUGAGCAGAAAAUUGAAUUGGUCAGACUAUACCUUUUUUGGCAAUGACUUUCUCCUCUACCUAAACAAACUCAGGGCAACUGACUGGAGACUCUGUGAAAAUUCCACCUAAACAAACUCAGGGCAACUGACUAGAGACUCUGUAAAUCCCUUCUGUAAGGUCCAUUAUUUUUGCAGUAAGCCACCAUGAGAAUGACAUCAUACAUCACGGAGAAUAAUUAUCCUGAGGUCUCAACCUUUUUGAUUUGGGAAGCACACAAAUGCAUCUUGAAAGACUCGGUGCUGAUGAGACCUUAUGAUGGCCAAGUCCAGAGGUUUAUGGACACGAUAUAACUUUGUAUCCACACACUCAUCUAACUGUGACCCACCACUACCGAAAGAGUUGACAGUCGAGGUGUGUGCUCCCUCAACUACGUAAUCUUUUGUGUCACAGAGCACUCAAGAGCACUAGAACUUCCAUAUAACUGGAGAUAAAUAUUGGAGGUUACUAGCACAUAUGAUCUAUAAAAAGCUAACCUUGACAUAUAUUGCAAUACUUCCCAGAUAAGUAUACAAUUCUACUCUGAUGUCUAAUCACAGUCAAUCUACCAUUUCUCUCCAGUCACUGCAACUGGAUGUAUUAACAGAUAUCUAAAAACUUACUUGACUUUACUUUACAUCUGACGCAGCCAAUCUUUUUAAGAAAAAAACCAUGAGAUUAAGAAUGUAGUGUUGUGGUUAUGGUUCCUGGAGUGUUCAUUUAACCAUAUUAUAGACUUUCGUUCGUGACCUCCGUUUCUCAUAAACCUUCUUUUAGAAUAUGUCACUUAUUUUAUGAUUGAAUGUGAUAUGGCAAGACUUCGUUUCGUUUAAAAUGCUUCAAUUAAAUAUUAUUUCAAAAUAAAAUUAAAAUGCUGUUAUUGUGUUUACUCUGUUUCAAAAUUUUUCAGAGAAACAGAUGUGCCUAUCGAUGUUGAGACCAUCAACCCCACUCCUAUGCCAUUAUAUGACAAUCAGAAGGCACGAAGUGUGAUGAACGAAUGUGAGCGUCAUGUAAUCUUUGUGAGGACAGACACAGAAGCACCUCCACCGCCCGAUGACUGGGAAGACCAUGUCAACAGGUGAGUGCGCUAUACAGGUGAUGAAAUGCCAAGCAAGCUAGGUUUCUAGUUAGAUGUUGUGUCACUAAUGAGAAGUGUAAAUAUAUCUAAGGUGACUACCUUAGAAAAACACACAAAUGUGGUAUAUUAAUUAUUUGUUUUUACAAUAUUUUAUUAAAGGGAUGCAUGACCUUGUUCAACAUAUUUUUAAGGGUUCUAUAAAAACAGUAGAAGAACAGGCAGGGAAAGGAAUAGGACAGAGAUGAGAAACAACCAAAGCUGAGGCAUAUUCAAAAUGUAGAAUCCGGGGAAUCCAAGUAUUGAGAACAUGUUCAUGUGAAUCUUAUUGCUCUUCAUCACUUUAAUGUGCUAGACUUUUUUUGCAUGGUUGGUAGACCUAAGAGGUACCUUGCCAGGGUUGAGCAAGUCUCUCUUUCUAGCUGAGGUACAAAUACUGGGGAUAUAACAUGUUUGGAAUUGGGAUGCCUUUGACGGUGCACUGUAAGCUUGGGGUCAUUUAAAAUAUCUGUGUGUAAGAAGUACUGAAUGAUCAGAAAAUCUCCAUCCACAAUGUUUUUAUAAAUUGGUGACAUUUCUGUUGCAUUUUAUAUUCCAAGAUAAUUGAGCAUACACAUGCAAACACCAAUUAAGGAUGUUUUGCCCAUACUUUUUUUUUUUUUCUUUUUUUUUUUAAGUAACUAUUAGUUAUGUUAUUAGAUUUACACAAAAGCUGUACAGGACCAUCCUGGCAUCAGAUACAGAUUACUACUAAAUAUGUUUAGAUGUUUUUGCUUGAUUGUGUUAUGUAAGCAUUAGAGCAUUACAAAAAGAAAAUGCCUGUGGUUCGUGUGGGAGUUAUGAGAAAAUGGCAGUUAUUAGUCAGUAAUGCAGGAAAACUGACAUUUUUUUAAAAAGAAAUUGAUGCUUUUUAGCAAAUAAAACCAUUGCCUCUCCUUCUCCCUGUCUUUCAACUACCAUAUUCAUCUACUUUACAACUUUAAAGGUAUGUCCAGCUCCAUUGCCUCACUUUUUUAUUGUGUGUGUUUAGUAACGAUUCUGACAGCAUUGGCAAAAUGUCUGUUUUAUUCACUCUUUUAGCCCGAGUUUGUGAUAUUAGUAAAAGCAUAGUAGUGGAGGCUUAAAGUUACACUCUAGACUCCAAAAGCACUUAGGUUUGCUGAAAAUCUUUGUGUGAAGAGUGGCACAUUUAUAAAUUAACCUUGUUGCAUUCCCUGGAUGUCAAUCAGACAUCCGGUUUUGUUAAAGGACCACUAUAGGCACCCAGACCACUUCAGCCUAAUGAAGUGGUCUGGGUGCCAGGAACAGCUAGGGUUAACCCUUUUUUUUUUUAUAAACAUAGCAGUUUCAGAGAAACUGCUAUGUUUAUAAAUGGGUUAAUCCAGCCUCUAGUGGCUGUCUCUUGACAGCCGCUAGAGGCGCUUGCGUGCUUCUCACUGUGAAAAUCACAGUGAGAAGAUGCCAGCGUUCAUAGCAAAGCAUUAUAAAUGCUUUCCUAUGAGACUGGCUGAAUGCACACAGCUCCUGCCGCGCAUGCGCAUUCAGCCGAAGAGUAGGAGGAGAGCUCCCCGCCCGGCCCUGGAGAAAGAGGUAAGUUUAACCCCUUCCUCCCCCCUCAGCGCCACGGGAGUGGGACCCUGAGGGCGGGGGCACUAUAGUGCCAGGAAAACAAGUAUGUUUUCCUGGCACUAUAGUGGUCCUUUAAUUCUUGGUUUGUUUAGCUCAGUAUAGCUAGACUCAAAAGGCAGAGCACCUGCCUUGCAAAGAUUUCUUAUUCAGCUGCAUUGGGAAGUCUGUGAUUGGACAACCACAGAAAGUCUUUAUUGGGGAAAAAAAGAGGAGGGCUUGCAAAGGCUGCAGACAAUGUGGGCAUUUGCAAUUUGUUUUUAGAUAUUCCCCAAUGGAAAAAAAAAAAUCAGUUAAGAUUUCAUAAGCUUUGGUCACAAUAAUUACGAUUCGAUAUUAUUCAGCAUUAAUAGGAAUGGAAGUAAGUUAUUUAUACACGAGUGGUAGUACAACUUCAUAGUAUGGGUCUAUUCACUUAUGAUGUAACUGUGGUUAUUAUGUGGGUUUUAAAGGGGUAAAGGAGGUGAAGCGAUUUGGUAUUAGUAAGAUAAUAUAUAAGAGGUAAAGCCGUUUUAGAUCACAAUAGACAGGGGGAGUCGGACCAUGUGUGUGUGUAUAUAUAUAUAUAUAUAUAUAUAUAUAUAUCUAUCAAGGAAAUAUGUAGAUAGAAUGGCUAAGGGAGGGGAAAGGAGAGGGAGGACUUGUACUAUCAUAUUUAAGAGCUGGAGAGAUAUGUUGAACAGAACUAGAAUAGCAAUUUAUUGUAAUAUGGUUUUUUUAAACCAACACAAUCCAAUAUCCUAGACAAACUAACUGAUCUAUUGAAGGCUAUAGUGUUAAAUAAAGGUCGGAUAUUUGGAAUACUGUUUGGUCUCUGAUGAGGUCUGGAGAAUUUUUUUUCUUUUCAUUUAUUUCUGCAAUUAUAGGUAGGUCCGGUUCAGGUAGAUAUAAGUACACAGGUCUCCUUAUUUUGCUUCUUUCCUGGGAUACGUUCCAUAUUUCAUAUUAUAUCUUGGAAUUAUAAUGACUGAGGGAAGGGAGAGGAGAGGGAGAUUAGUACUAUUAUAAUGGAUAGCUGCAAAAUACAUCAAGUAGUGUCAGAUUAGUAAUUUAUUGGGUUAUGGCUUUAGGAGCUAGUGUGGUCAUAUAUUCUAGUCAAAGUUGACAGCAUUGUGGAUUGCCAUUUGACCGAUUUUGGGCUAGAUAUUUGGAAUGCCAUUUGGUUUCUGAAGAGUUUGGAGGCCUUCCUCCUCUCGCUAGGGUCUCUAUUCCUGCAAUUAUAGGCAGGUCUUGUUCAGGGGGCUUCAUAUAUAUAUAUAUAUAUAUGUAUGUGUGUGUGUGUGUGUAUGUAUGUAUAUAUAUAUAUAUGUGUAUACGUCUCCCCACUGGAUUACCAAGAGGCGGUUUGUUCCCCCUCUUGAAUUAUUUUUUGUUUUAUGUACUUUAUAAUGUAAAUGUGUAUUCUUUUUUUUGUUUCUGUUUUUUCUUUUUUACUUUUCUGAGACUCGAUUUGGGGUGUAAUCAGGACAAUAGGUGUUAUGAUGGCACUUAAUGUGAUAUCAUGGAAUGUCCAGGGUUUGAAUUCACCACAGAAAAGGGGAGCGGUCUAUAAAUUUCUAAAUGGAAAUGAUAUUGAUAUUGCUUUUAUUCAGGAGACACACUGGAUUAAUCCCCCAGAGAGACUCUGGAAGUUUAAGAAAUUCCCGUUGAUAUUUUCUUCUAAUAUGGAGGGGAAUAAAAAAAAAGGCACUGCUAUCAUAAUCUCUAGCAGAAUUAAUUUUGAAAUGAUACAUCUAACUGGGGAUCCAAUGGGAAGAUAUGUGAUACUCAUCGCAAAAAUUAAUGGUAUUAUAUAUACUUUGGUUAAUAUUUAUGCACCAAAUUCGUGCCCAGUGGACUUUUUGGAUAAAACUAUGGAAAAGGUUGAUGAAUUAGCAUGUGGUAACAUCAUAAUUGGGGGAGACUUUAAUUGUGUAUUGGACCCAGCACGGGAUAAAAGCCAUAAAAAUGUUAGAGAUUAUAAAUCUGUAAAUACCUAUGUUUCUGAUUUUUCUAAAUUUCUAGAUAGGAAUUCUCUGUUUGACUGUUGGAGGACUUUUAAUCCUAGUGAGAGAGAUUACACUUUUUUUUCACAUGUCCAUCAGACCUAUUCUCGAAUAGAUAUGUUUUUGGUGAAAGCUGGGUUUUUAAGUUCUAUUAUUAAAUCCAAUAUUGGAUCCAUAGUUGUAUCAGAUCAUGCACCAGUAUUCAUUAAGGUUAAGUUAAAAGGUGGUCUUAGACCAAGGACAAGGUGGAGACUUAACGAAAGCCUCUUGAAAUCAGAGUGCAACAUUGAUUUUUUGUCAUCUGAAAUUGAAAACCUUUUGAUUACCAAUGAUAAUGGGGAAGUUUCUACGGUAAUGGUAUGAUGUACCCUUCAAAGCUAUAUAAGGGGAUUAUUGAUUAAACUUGGCUCUGAAUCUAAAAGGAAGAAGGGAGAAUCUCUGCAAGAGUUAAGAAUAAAAUUGGCAAAUAAGGAACGUCUAAAUAAAAAUAUGGUGAACAAAAGACUUAAUUGAAGAAAUAGCUAAAUUAAGGGAAACUGUCAAAGAUAUAAUUUAUGAUAUGGUCAAUAAAAAUAUACUAUUCCUUAAACAACGAUGGUACCAUAACAAUAACAAAAUAAAUAAAGACCUUUCUAAUAAAAUUAAAAAUAACCUCAAAGAUAAAUCUAUAAAAAAAAUUGUCUUAGGUGAUAAACAUUUAGUGUCACCAAAUGAUAUUGUAAAUGCAUUUGCGGAAUUUUACAAAUCCUUAUAUAUCCUACAGGAGGUAGGGAAGAGUAGAGAAGAAAUGGAUACAUUUUUGAGUAACCUUAAAUUACCAAAAAUUAACCAAAGGAAGUUGGAAAUGCUGAAUGCCCCAUUCUUAUUAUCAGAAGUAACAGAAGCAAUAGAUAAGUUAAAAUUGAAUAAGGCUCCAGGCCCAGAUGGCUUUUCAACAAUGUUCUAUAAAACUUUUUCUAGACUCAUUUCCCCUAUCCUUUUAGAGAUGUUUACGAAGGCGUCCACUGAUACCCCCUUCCCUAAUGAGAUGUUAUUGGCUUCAAUCAUUCCUAAACCCAAAGUAGGGAAAGCCCCAACACUUAUUACUAACUAUAGACCUAUAUCUCUCAUUAAUUUAGAUAUAAAGAUAUUCUCUCAAAUAUUGUCCAAUCGACUUAAAGAGGUAAUUGGAGAACUGAUUGACGUUGAUCAGUCUGGAUUUGUGCGAGGGAGAGGUACUACAGAUAAUACACGUAGGAUAUUUAACUUAAUAUAUAGAAUAAAUGAGCAUAAAUGGGGAUCUGUUAUUAUGGCCCUCGAUGCUGAGAAGGCCUUUGACAGAGUCAGUUGGAGAUUCCUGGACUCUGUCAUGGGCCAAUUUGGCUUAGAAGGUCAGUUUAGACAUAAAACUAUGUUGUUAUAUAGGAGUUCUACAGCUAAAAUAAUUAACCCUUUUGUUGAGUCUGACCAUUUUGAGGUCAAAAAUGGUACUAGACAGGGUUGCCCUUUGGCUCCCCUGUUAUAUAUUCUUACAAUUGAACCUUUGGCCACCUUGAUCAGACAGGAUACCAAUGUAAAGGGGGUCAAGUUUCUCAAUGGGGAAACCAAGGUUUCCCUUUUCGCAGACGAUGUCCUCCUUAUCCUGACGGAUCUGAUGGUUUCAAUUCCAUCAGUAUUGGAUGCUAUAUCCAUCUAUAGUAUCUCCAACUAUAAGGUCAAUAUGAAAAAAAAAACAAAUUUUUGCCUCUUUUUUUUACCUGAGGCUCAGAAAAAUCUUCUGACUGCACAUUUCCAACUCUUAUGGGCAAAAGAUACUAUUGGCUAUUUGGGGAUUAAAAUAUCCUUUGAUAUAGAGAGGAUGAUACAAACAAACUAUGAUAAAUUAUUAAGAGAUCUACAACAACUGGUAGACAAAUGAAGGAAGAUUGAGUCCUCAUGGAUAGGAAGAUUAAAUAUGAUCAAGGCAUUUCUGAUACUAUCUUAGGGCGAUUCCUUAUAGACUGGGGAAAGGUAUUCUUAACAGUUUUCAAACUCUGAUUUCCAAAUGUAUUUGGAUGGGUUUUUUUUUCUGUUUGCUUGUUUAAUUUUUGUUGUGUUUUUAACAUUUAUCUCUGUGUCUGGUUGUCUUAAUGCGCUGGAGGAUUGCCUUUGGGGUACCUCACAUGAAUAUGUUAAAACUUUCAUAUAAUAAAAAUAAAGAAAUAUAAAAAAAAAAAGAUUUCAUAAGUUGUGUGUGCCAUGUAAUUGUACUCUUUAAUACAAUGCGUACCAAUAAUGCCACUUCAAUGCCAGACACCAACAUCUCUUAUCUUCAGGUGUGGAUAGAGUUCUUGCCAGAACAAAUGACAGUUUAAUUCCAGUUUGUGAUAACUCGUUCUUCCAGGUCUGGAUGGAGUCCUUCUCAGAACAAACUUUUCAACAAGAUCCUGAAAGCUCUUCAAUGUGAUCGGCUUGCUCGACUUGCUAAUGAUGGGGUGAGUUUUUACAUUUUAAUAAAAAUAACUAGUUAGUAGGUAAAACAUAUUCUUUUGUGUCAUGCUUGGUUGACCAAUUAAUAUUUGCUGUGGGGUUUUUUUGUUUUGUUUUUUAAUUAAUUUAUUUAUUUUACAAAUAACUGCAGUUUUAAGUCUCCGAGCAGGGACAAUGGUUACAGAUUAGCCUCUGCAUCAUAAUAUUUGCAGUGAUGUAAUUGUGGAUGGACUAAUCCUUUAAAUGGACAUUGUAGGCACCAAAACAACUUUAGCUUAAUAAAGCAGUUUUGGUUUAUAGAUCAUUCUCACUGCUUAAUUCUCUGCCAUUUAGAAGUCACUUUGUUUAUAUAAUUCUAGUCACACGUCCAUGCAAGUGACUCGCACAUCCUUCCUAAACACUUCCUGAAAAUUAACGUAGAUAUUCUAGGUUCCUGUAUUGCACAUUCUGUUUAAUCUAGAAUUUCUUAACUCCUGCUUUCGUAAUGGCCUCCUAAGCCCUUCAGGAUACUCCUGUGUGUGAUUAAAGUUCAAUUUACAGAGCAGGAGAUAAAAACUUAAAGGGACUCUAUAGUCACCAGCUGCAUUAACAGAGUGAUAUAACUCCUAAAUGGCAGAGAAUCGAGCAGUGAGACUGCAGGGGCAUGAUUUAUACAACCAAACUGCUUCACUAAGCUAAAGUUGUUUUGGUGACUGUAGUGUCCCUUUAAAUUAACAUCUAAUUGAAAAUCAAACUAUUUUUUUCAUGCUGUCUGAGUCACAGCCAGGGGAGGUGUGGUUCGGGCUGCAUACACAGAAACAAAAGUGAUUUAACUCUUAAAUGGUAGACAGUUGAUCAGUGAGACUGCAGGGGUAUAUAAUAUAUACACUACAACUGCUACAGUUUUUUUUAUGCAUAUAAAGAAAAAUCUACCUUUAAUGUCUCUUUAUUUUAUACAGUUUCUUGUAAUCGGCACUGCUCUAUUUUUAAUAUUUUGAGACAAGCCAGGUGUGACACAAUAAAACUUCUAACCAUUUUCAAGAAAAGCAUGAAAUUCUAGAAAAUACAUUAAUGAACACAUUGCUUACAGUGUCAUGUUUAUUUAACUGAUUAUUGCUUUGUCUCUUGAGGCCUCCAAUGAACCAGUGUUACGAAGGAUUGCAGUGGAUAAGUGUGCACGACGUGUACGCCAGGCUCUUGCUUCAGUGAGCUGGGACACAAAGCUGGUCCAAUGGUUACAUGGAACUUUAGUGGAGACACUCAGUCUUCCAUUGCUUGCUGCAUAUUUGGAUGCUUUGCAGACUCUUAAAGGAAAGGUAAUGCUGUUCAUGUUAUAAGACGUACUUGCAAAUCCGUUUUGCAGACAUCAAUUCAAGAGUUCAAUAACAAGCUCUCUCUGAUCCUUCAAAAAAGACACUUUGCAGUGUAUGUCCCUGGUUUAUAUUUGUGCAUAUUUGAUGUUUGAUUAUGAGAACAGAAAAUAAAGAAUAAAUAGCACCUGGACUAAAAUACUAUAUAUUUCAUUUAUAUUUUUCCUUUUUUUAUUUGGAAAUGCAUUUGACAGAUGAACAUAUGAAGAGUAUCAGAGCGAUGACUUCUUAAAUGUAAACUAUCCUUUCAGAUCCCAGGUCUUAUAGACCGAAUGUUGCUCACCUCCACCGUCAGAGCAGGAGGAGCAAGUGCAGAAGCCCUUUCCUUGCUCCUCAAGAGGCCAUGGGACCCAGCAGUUGGAGUCUUAUCACAUAACAAACCGGUAAGAAGAGUUCUGCAUAGACUUAUAUAGCAAACUGAUCAGUUGAUUUGUUUUAGUGGUACAUAGUGUGGUCCAUUCUAUCUCCCUUUAUCUAGAACAAGCUUCCUGGCUCACCCCUUAUCCUCAUUGCUCCCUCUGGACCAACCAGCUCUGUAUUCCCUACAUCAAGAAGGCACCGAUUUUGGCAGUCUCAGCUCUCCUGUUUGGCCAAGGUAUGUGACAUUCAUUUACUAUGUAUGAAAAUAAUUAUUUUUGGUAAUGUUUGUUGGAAUAUAUACUCUCUACAAUACUUUGGUAUUUUUUAAAUAUAAAUGUCUGAAAAUGGUAUCUACAGUUAGACAUUCUGUUGGGAUGCUGGAGAGUAUUCUAGCACACCUUGCAAUAUAGUCAGUUUGGAAAAAAGGAAAUAGGCCACAACAAAUCAUCCUCUUUAGUUUUCACAUUGACUAUAGACUCCUUAUCCCAAGUAGUCAUACUUUUUUUUCUAUUUUUAUUUUUUUUUCUAAAUCAGAGUUUUAUUUGUUUAAGCAGUUUUUAUACAUCCGUGAGAUUCGCAGAUCCCCAGAAAAAAAUAUAUAUAUAUAUAUAUUUUUUGUAAUUCAAUAACAAGUAAAAAGUCUAGUCAAAAGUUAAACACAGGUGAUAUACAUCGUUAUCUGAGCUCGCAGGCGCCCAAUGUUGAUGGACACACAGGUCCCUUGUGGUGCUCCCUCUAUUAAGUGUGUAGAAUAUGUUACAAGGAUCAAGAGGGGAUGGGAGGGUUAGUAGUAAGAAUGCAUAUGUGUAUUUUCAAUUUUCAACUUCAUUCCUACAUCAAUAGACAUAUUCACAAAUACCGGACACUUCGCAUGAGUCGUAGUGUGUAAUGAGGUCGGUGUUGGAGUUGUCACUACAGACUAGUUCUGUAGGCUUAUGCAUAGCGCAUGUGGCUUCCGGGAUUCAUCCGAUUGGUGUUUUUGUACUGGGUUCGCCGCUAGAGCUGGCUUCGUGUUCCCCAACUGGUUACUUGUGCGCUUAGUGCUACACUUUUUGUGUCCGUUAAAAAAACAAAGCUUGGGCUGUCCGUUCGUGAUUAUGGUCUGUGUGUCUUGUUGCGUUCCGUAACGUAAGUGUCAGGGCAUGUUUUAUGUUUAAUCCUGCCCAACAGGGGUGCUGUCUGCAUCAGGCCCUCAUCCCUAGUUUCUCCUCUAGUCUUUAUCAGGCGAGUUCGCUUUCGCUUAGUAUGUAGAGGUAUUCUGAUCAGUGCGGCGAGCUAGGUGGGUGCAGUCCCCCGCCUAGCGCACAGUUGAAUGUUAUCGGGAUCAGGGGUCUCGGUUGGGGCGAUAUAUGUUGGUUCCUUCUCAUGGUUGUCCACGACUUCAGCGUCUACACGAUGGGUGAUUCGCUGCCUAGCUUUCAUGCGGCGUCGGCUGUGCCCUGCCAUAUGUACGUGUGGAGGGCCUUGUUCGUGCUUUCCCUAUCCAGGGCUGCCCAUAGUUUGUUAGCCGGUGCCGCAUGCCAUUCACGGAUCCUCUGGAGCACCGUUGCUUGGUAGUAUUUACGGAAGUCUGGCAGUGCUAGGCCUCCCCACGCUUUGGGGAGACAUAUCUUGUCGUGGUUGAGGCAGUGAGUGCUCCAUUAACCCGUACCCUUGCACUGGGAUCAGUGUACAACGCCUCGAUCCAGGUGAUCAUUCCCCUUCCCAGGCCAAUCCUGUUUAGCGUUGCCAUCAUGAAGCUCCACGUUACCCGGUCAAAUGUUUUUUCUGCGUCCGUGGAAAGCAUUAUCAGGUCAGUUUUCUCUUUGAGGGCCAGACCUUGUAUGGCGAACGCCCUUAAGGUGCUGUCCCUGGCUUCCCGGUCUGGUAUGAAACCUGUUUGUCUUUUUUUCUAUUCUUAAAGGACCACUUUAGGCACCCAGACCACUUCAGCUUAAUGAAGUGGUCUGGGUGCCAGGUCCCUCUAGGAUUAACCCUAGGAUUAACCCUUUUUUUUUUAUAAACAUAGCAGUUUCAGAGAAACUGCUAUGUUUAUAAAUGGGUUAAUCAAGCCUCUAAAGCCUCUAGUGGCUGUCUCAUUGACAGCCGCUAGAGGCGUUUGCGUGCUUCUCACUGUGAAAAUCAUUAAUGCUUUCCUAUGAGACUGGCUGAAUGCGCCCGCAGCUCCUGCCGCGCAUGUGCGUUCAGCCGAAGAGGAGGAUCGGAGGAGGAGGAGAGCUCCCUGCCCGGCGCUGGAAAAAAGGUAAGUUUAACCCCUCCUUGCCAUCCACUCCGGCGGGAGGGGGUCCCUGAGGGUGGGGGCACCCUCAGGGCACUAUAGUGCCAGGAAAACGAGUAUGUUUUCCUGGCACUAUAGUGGUCCUUUAACUUGUAACAUCAUCUAAAAAAUCGUAAGUAGGCGGUUUUAGGUUGGGGCACUUUUUAUUUGUUCUCUAUCUCACCCGUGUACCACAUGGUUCUCAGUUUGAGUGUGAUAUUUCACAUAAAUAUGUGUAUCCUUAUUGUAACCUGCCAAUUCUUUCACUAUUUUUAUCCAAAAGGUCAUUCCAGUUGGCACUCAGUUGCUGAAUAGUGGCAGUGGGGUGUCUUCAUUGCAGUGCCUGGAAAACAUGAUUAGUGCAUUGCGGGGAAAAGUCCUUGAGGUAUUUCUUCCACAGAGUUAUAUUUUAACCGCAAAUCAUUACGUGGACUUAUUCCAGUUUGUGAAUUCUUAUAUUUUCCCUAUUUGUUUGCUUCUUCAGAUUCACAGUCACUUCCCACACAAACCAGUUAUCCUCAUUGGGUGGAAUACAGGGGCAUUGGUUGCCUGCCAUGUAAGUGCCUAAACAAUUAUUGCAUAUCAUAUUGAACUAUAUUAACAAACUUGCUGAGCCUGGCAUCAGUAUUUAAAUAGCAAUCAAUGUUUGCAUACUGAAGGAGAUUCAUAGAACUAGCCCUAAAUGCUUUCAUGCAGCUUUCAGCUACCCAUCCCUAGGCCAAAAAUGGAAAGGUAUGUCAGAGUUCUGGGCAUACUUCUAUAUGUCCUGGAUUGUUCCUGGUCUAGUCUGCAUCAGGACUGUACCUGAUCCCGUAUUCAAUGUGCUUGAGAUGCUGGCCAGUGUUUAUCUGCAUUGUCUGCUUGUCUCCCCCCGUCUGCUCUUCUAAACAAACAUAUGACAUUAUAAAGUAUAUAAUACUUUCACCCUGUUGUUUUGAUACUAGUUAGUGUGAUGAGACACAGCAUAAAACAUUUAUAAUUAAUGCUAUCUCUCUGUUAAUAUCUGUCAGGUGUCUUUGAUGGAAUAUGUGACUGCAGUUGUCUGCCUUGGAUUUCCUUUGCUCACUAUGGACGGACCACGAGGAGUGAGUUAUAUGACAAUCUCUUUGCCUAAUCUGCUUUAGGUGCCCAUUGGGUACCGUGCCUACACAUACAUUCUUGUCUAGUAAAGUAAUAAUCUGAAAGCCAUAAUACAUUUUAUUAGGCAGUGAUAGUAGUUUCCAAUUUUCAUAAUUUAAUGGUUCCAUAAAUGUUGUUUAUUUGCUGGUCAAUUUGUUUGCCUUUAGUCCUUGCAUACAUUUGAAAGUGGUUUAAUCUGGGACAUAUUUCAAUAAUUUGCAAAAUAAGUUUCUAAUUUAGUAAAAUUGUUCUUCAUGGGAAGGGUGUUAGAAUUCCAAUAUAAGUGACAGCAGGGGACAAUGGUUGAACCUCCUCCAUAAUACGACAGGAAUCACUAAUGCUGCCCUAAUACUCUUUGCUAUUAUUAUUUUUACCGCAUGUGUGAAGACUGUGUUGUCAUUUUCGGGGAACCUCCCCCACCCCCAUUCCCGACUUUCAAACAGACAACCUGUCCUGUCACUCCCUGGUUUGUUUAGCUCAGUGAUGCUAAACUCAAGAGGUAGUCGAUUGCCAAUAGCACCUGCUUCCUUAUAAUGAUUUCCCAUUGAGCUGUCUAUAUCUAAUUUAUAUUUUUUUUAUAUUUGGGGGGGGGGGUUGGAGAUUUCCUGUAAUAGUUUGCCUUGCUGGGGUGUUUGUCUUGUGCAGCUACUAUGUAUUAUAGGAUAUUUCUGUGCAUUGUAGUGUUAUUUGAAAGAGUAGAUACAGGUCUAUUUCUGCCAUCUAGUAAGAAAUGCUGCUGUUCAAUGUAGUUUUCAGAUAAGUAAUAUCAAUGACACCUACCGGAUUCUCCCCUUUGCAUGAGUGAUUUAGAGAAGGAUUCUGCAUUUUGCUAGACAUUUUUACAGCAGUUAAGAAGGUGGAGGCCACGGAUUUUGGGGGUGAUUAACAGUGUCCAUCCUGAUAAACUUUUGUAGACCCUGGGGUGGUUAAAGGCACACGCCAAGUAGUUAGGUGGAAGGUCGUGUUUGCAGUCACGGCUAGAACAUUUUCAGCUCUCCUAGUGUUUUCUUUGGGACGGUGUACCUUAGUGUACAUAAGUAAGUAGAUUUUCUCAUGUCAUCUCAUCAUUUGGAGUAAGGAAAGAUGAAUGAGAAAACUUCAAGUGAACUGAAGCACCUUUUGGUUUCCACACACUUGUGAAAAUGCUUUCAAAGAGAUGUAUGGUAAAGGCACACAACCCUUCCAUUCAAAACAGCACGGAACUUGAUUUUCACAGUCGUUUCAUAAAUUGUCUGUAAGGCAUAAAAUGUACAUUUGUAAAUCUACACUGAAGUGUCUCUUUGUUUGUCCACAUAAAACUCUUACUAAUUGGAGAAUGGUUGUAGGACCAUUUGAACAUAAAUAAUUACUUGAUUUAAGGUUCAUUGUUUUUCCUGACUUCAAUUUUGUCCUGUUUAGGAUGUGGAUGAUCCUCUACUUGAUAUGAAGACUCCAGUACUCUUUGUGAUUGGCCAGAAUUCCCUUUUGUGCCAUCCUGAAGCAAUGGAAGAUUUUCGAGAGAAGCUCAGAGCUGAUAACAGUCUUGUUAUUGUGGGAGGGGCUGAUGAUAACUUGCGGUAAGGAUGAGUUGAGGUUUACCAUGUCUUUUUAAUUUCCAUGCUACAGCUUUCUGCAACCAUUCAUGCAAAAUGUCUCCGUUGUGUUUCCUGACAGUUCUUUUUUCUGUAAGUAACUGUAAAUGUGUUAACAGGUGUAUUUUAUAGGCGUAGAGGGGUGAUGUUUGGGAGGGGGCAAGGAUGGGGUUUUUGUGGGAGGAGGCCAAAAAUUUUGGUUUGACAUCAAGCCCUUAAUAUUUUUUUUGACCCUUGCUGGACCCCUGAUGGAAGGUAUUAUGAAUAGUGAAGAGGGUUUAUUUUGGUAAUAAUACAGCUUUUAAAUUAUGUCUGUGAUCUUUCCUUUAUGCAGUAUUUAUCACAAAUAUUCAUUACAUGAUGUUCUAAAAUCAAGGAUUCUUUCUGUAAUGCAAGUUUGUUUAUAUAUUUAUUGUACAUAUUCACUGUGUAUAAUACAUUGCAGGGUAAAUAUGUUUGCUCAUUUUGCCUCUUAAAACUCUUAAGUAUUACUUGUAAUAGCAUGGCUACAGGUUGAGGAGAAAAGCUAGCCUAAAAGAAUAAAUGACUUGCUGAGCAUCGUGAAUAUUUUUCUCUGCAACAGUUGGUAUGCCAAAGCAUUUACAUUGCUUACAUUCCCAGAUUAUGAAUUUGACAAUCUUAGGGUUUGGUUUUUGUAUGUAAAAAGAAAUGUAUGGAAAUGCACACCUGGAGCGUGAAGGAGAUUUUUUAUUUCUUCUUUUAAAAAACAUUUCUGUCUAAAGGGUUAUUUCAAGAACAUGACCAUUUCAUUGAUUUGAAGUGGUCAUUGUGCUUGGAGCCUGUAUAUGCAGAGAAAAUGCUCUAUGGUUCCAAAGGUCUACAUCCACUUCUGGCAGCUUCAUUAGCAAGCAGGAACAAGAAUUCAUGGCUGGCUAAUGUUGAUUCUGUGCAUAACUGAUGUAUGUCGUCUGCAUGCUUGUGGCAGACUACCAAUGGCAGACGUCUCUCCUCCCCCUGUACCACCCAAGCUUUCCCAUCAGCCUGUCCAUUGGAACAUCCCUUCCUCACCAAUGAGGAGUAAUGAUGUCACUAGAGGUGGAUAUGGUUACUUGGAGAACUCAGGGCCGAGGUAAGUUUUUAUUAAAAAAACAACAGUUUUUGGUUGGAGCAGCCAGUUAAUCAGGUUUAAUUACCUGUUGACCUUUCUGUCAUUAGAAAUAUAUAUUGCUCUGAACAGGUAUAUAGUGACAGAAUGGUUUGUGUUGAAGUAUGGGUAGACAUUUGUGGGGGGGUUUUAGAAUAGUAUAAUCAAGAAUUAUACAGAUUAUUAUAAUCAAGGUGGUAAGGCAAAGAUAAGUGUACUAUUUCUGUUUCACAUUCCAGGAUAAGCAAAAUAAAGAAGAAGACAGAGAGCUUGACACAGAGUAUGGUAGACCGAUGUAUCCAGGUGAGAUGUGCAAGCAUAGUUCCCUGCAUUAUGAAAUAGUUUUAUACUGUACUAGGUUAGCCUUGUGGAACAAAUUGUGUCUCUUGGUCUGAUGCUGAAUUACAAUUCCCAUUAUGCUCACUCAGCCUAGGGCUCCCUGAGUGUUAUAGGAAUUGUAGCUCAUGGAGAUAUAUAGUAUUACAUUUUACAAAGCCCCUGGUAGCCAUGAUAUAUUUAACCCCUUAAGGACUGGACUGUUUUUGCGAUGUUGUACAUUUGCGACCAGACAUAUUUUUACACUUUUGUGGUGUUUGUGUUUGGCUGUAAUUUUCCGCUCUCUCAUUUACUGUUCCCAUACAAAUUAUAUAUUGUUUUUUUCAGGACAAAAGGCGCUUUCUUUACAUACCAUUAUUUAUAUAAUCUCAUGUAUUUUAAUUUAAAAAAAAUAAAAAAAUAUGAUGAAAAAUUGAAAAAAUACAUGUUUUUUGACUUUUACUUGAAAAAUCUUUUACUCAUCUACAAAAGCGAAUGAAAAAAAACUGCUAAAUAGAUUCAAAAUUUUGUCCUGAGUUUAAAAAUACCCAGUGUUUACGUGCUUUUUGCUUUUUUUUGCAUGUUAUAGGGCUAUAGGUACAAGUAGGAUAUUGCGGUUUCAAAACAUACAUUUUUAAAAUUUAUCAAUAGUGACAUUGUAACACUAUUAUCUGUCAUAAAUCUCUGAAUAACACCCCACAUGUACAUAUUUUUUUUAAAGUAGACAACCCAGGGUAUUCAAUAUGGGGUAUGUCCAGUCUUUUUAGUAGCCACUUAGUCGAAAACACUGGCCAAAGUUAGCAUUCAUAUUUGUUUGUGUGUGAAAAAAGUAAAAAAAACUAAAUUGAACGCUAAUUUUGGCCAGUGUUUGUGACCAAGUGGUUACUAAAAAAGACUGGACAGGGGGGCGGGGCCGGGCCGCCAUGCUGACCGGUCGCAUGUAGGAGAAGCUCCAGGGGCAUUCUGUCAAUUUGGCUGAAAAACACAGCUCAAACACCAAACUCAAGUUAAAAAAUCUACCUGCAGCUGGUACACGACAGGGGACAUCGCAGUGGACUCUGAGAUCGGGAGUUUUGGAGCCCGCAGGGGUGAUCUAAGGCUUUGGAGUUUGCGGCCUACUCGGAGGAGAAGCGGUGCAGACGGCCGCUGUCCUGCUCUCCCCCUCCCUGCUGAUGCCACACACCUUCUCUUUGGUGCGGUGACCGGCCUCGUUUCCCCCCCCCCCCUUUGGGCCGGUGGGGGUCAUCCCGGCCUCCACUGGAGAGUCUGAAGCCGCACUACAACACGGGCCUACCCAGCACUCUGCAACAAAAUGGCGGCCGACCGUGCCCGAAACUGACACCACACUAAAGCCGGAACGGCGCCCACUUCUAAUACACCUACCACGGCUAUGCCACAGACAGCGGGAGUCACGUUCUUGGACACUCACGUUACAACUCCUGACAGUCAGAGCUGGCGCCCGACACGCAAACCACAAAUCCGUGAGCCGUGCAGAGUAUCACCAGCACGAAGAUUUAACCCCCUCAGCGAUCCCGAGGUCGAAUCUGCACCAGCACCGACAAGCGCAGGAUCCGGCCCCAAGGCACAGUGCCAGAAAUUAGCAGUCAGAGGACAAGGCGCACUCCUGCCCCUUAGGAUUACAGCCUCCAACCGGGUCGCAACACAAGAGCACACCAUACAGCUUAUGGACGAAGCUAGAUUCCACUGCAGAGACAUCAUUAAAGGGGACCCUAACACCAACCUCUGGGACACUCCGGCGCAAGGCAUAGGCUGAAGCGCCCACCAUACUGCCUCCCAAGGGUAUUGCCGUCUUUAGCCUGGCAUGUUCAGAGCCCCCACAACAGCUAAGUACCCAGACACAGAGGCCUGAUGCACCCCCCAAGUAGACUAUGCUUCGGUUUUAACUCUUACCCUUAGCGGUGAUGGGACUGUUAACCAUGCUGAAACCAACUCCCAGUGGCUUAAAGUCUAGUUCACUGUUGACCUAACAUUUUGUACUUUUCCUUAUGUUUAGAUAGUUUAAGCGAUGUUACCUGAUGCUAUAGGUACGACUUAGCGAUAUUUACCAACUCUUUAACGCCUUAUAGCCUAUGUUUGUUGAGCGUGACUUACCUAUGCAUUACACAGAGCCCAGCUAUUGUUAUACGGUGUAAUAGAUUGUAUUAUCACUACACUAGAAUAGCCAACCUAGCAAUGCUAAAAACCAUUCAUUUAAGGCUACUCUGACAAUAUGAACGCUUAGUAGAGCUUGUUAUUUACAUUACAAAAAAAAAAGUGCGAACUUCUAUGCCACAGUCUAACAUAUGUAACUCUUGAAACACGCUGUUGUGGCGUACGUUGACAACCUGUAAUAACCUGCACAACAUAAAUAAAGAAUUUAAAAAAAAAAGACUGGACAUACCCCAUUUGCAAUACCUUGGGUUGUCUUCUUUUGCAAAUGGUAUGCCAUCAUGGGGGUAAUUCUCAUUCCUGGGCUACCUUACGCUCUCAAAGGCAACGUAACCAACCUGGCCAUUUUCAAUGUAAAAAUAUUUGACCCAUAUAUUUGACCUUGUAACUUUCAAAAAUGCUAUAAAACCUGUACAUGGGGGGUACUGUUUUACUCGGGAGACAUCGCUGAACACAAAUAUUAGUGUUUAAAAACUGGAAAACGUAUCACAACAAUUAUAUCAUCAGUAAAAAAGCUGUUUGUGUGUGAAAAAUGCAAAAAAAGUAACUUUCACUGACAAUAUCAUCGCUGUGAUAUGUUUUACUGUUUUGAAUCACUAAUAUUUGUGUUCAGCGAAGUCUCCCGAGUAAAACAGUACCCCCCAUGUACAGGUUUUAGGGUGUCGUAGAACGUUACAGGGUAAAAUACAGUGCUAGCAAAUUCAAUUCUCUGGAAUUUCGGCCUGGGUUGGCAGGCAGGUCCCUCAAAUUGCAAUCAAUAAAAUUACCGAAUUAUGUAAAAAUAUUACAUAAAUACGCACGAAUUUAAAUAUAUAUGCAUAUUUAUAUAUUUGAAGUCUACAUGUAUAUUUAUAUAUAAUUAUUUAAGUGUAAUUUUGUAUAUGGACGUAUGUAUAUUUCUUAUUAUUUUUAUUUAUUUUUAUAUACAGAUAUAUAUACAAAUUCAUUCUAUGUAUUUUGAUAUAAAUAUAUAUAUAUUAAUUUUAAAAUACAGUUAGAAUAAAAUUUCAUAUAGCUAUAAUUUUUUUUUUUUUUUUAUUAUUAUUUAAAAAAAAUGUAUUUCAUUUAAAUUACUUAUUUAUAUUUUAUAAUAAUAUAUAUAUACAAUAUAUAUAGUUAUUAUAUAUAUUAUAUAUAUACGUGUGUAAUUUAAUUAUAAGUGUAUUUUUAUAUUAAUAUAAGUACAUAUUAAUAGAAAAAUACACUUAGUAUGACAUUAUAUAUAUGAUAUAUAGACAUAUAUUAUAUAAAUAUAAUAUAUGUCUAUAUAUCAUAUAUACACAUAUAUAAUUAUUUUAUUUUUUUUAAUUAACACUAACUUUAUUUAUUUUUUCUGAUUUUACACUAGCAGGGAGACUGCCUGUCAGCACAGACAGUCCCCCUGCAGGCAGACACAUGGACACCUAUUGUGACCAUGUGAUCGCUGUGUUAAGCGAUCACAUGGCCACAGGGGUCCUAAUCUGCCGUGGGGAGACUGUCUGGGCUGCAGGCAGUCUCCCCACAACCGAAGCCACGCUGAUCGCCGCCGGGGGAACGACGGCGAUCAGGUAAGUAGCUCUGACCGUUAGGACGGUUCAGGACCGUCAUCGGUCGGCAACGCAAAAAUGCCGAUGACGGUCCUGAACCGUCCUCGGUCCUUAAGGGGUUAAUAUAGUUUUAAUGACUAUGACAAAGUCAUAAAAAAGCUCUACUGCAUUAUAAUUCACACAACCUGGAAAUAAGGAUCCUCUUUCAUUACAAUGUGCUGCAGUUAGAGCUUUAUUAACCAAAUCAAUAAUUGCAAGGGAAUUGCAGGUUAUUAUUUUAUUAUUUCACAAUUCCAUUCUCAUGUCUCCUCAUUUUUUGGUUUAGCAAAUGUAACCCAUGUGUGGAGGAAUUGUAUUUCCCACUGUGGAUUCUGACUGGUAAAUGAUUGAAUGAUUAAAGUAUUUAUCAUACAAGACAAUUCUAAAUGUUAAUAAAAUUUGAAUUCUCAGACACUAAAGCUAUAUAAGUGGUCAUUCAUGAGUAAAUUUGAUUUGUAAGCCAUAGAUGAAUGGAGAAUAUUGCAGUCCUAAUUACUGAAGGAGUGGGAAAUGUAUUUUCCUCUGUUUUCCAUAAGAGCUAAAGGUGACUUGUAACUGCAGGUAUAUUCCUGUUAUAAUGUUUGCGGUUUUAAUUAUUGCUUUUGCAUUUAUCAUCUUUGCUUUUCCAUUAACAUUACAAGAAUUUGAUUUUAGGAUGAGAUUGCUGAUUUUUUGACUGGGGUCUUGACCCGAUCUGAAGGUCACACUGGCUCGGACCCCAGAGACCUUGAUGCUGAAAAAAAGAAAAAGUCCCGUGAAUUCUUACGGAGAGACCUUUCUCUGGACUUGUCAGAGAGGAACAGCAGACCUGCAUCCCCAGCAGCAAGAUUCCCUGCUUCCCCUUCUGGAUCUGAG